AUGACAAUCGAUAACGAAGGCAUUGUCAUUAAACCAUUGGGUUCAACAAAAUUAUUCCAACCAAUAAAACUUGGUUCUAACACUUUAUCACAAAGAAUAGCAUUUGCACCAUCCACACGUUAUAGAGCAACCAAAGAUAAUAUCCCUACCGAUUUACAAUUAGAGUAUUAUUCUCAACGAUCAGAAUAUCCUGGAACUUUAAUCAUUACUGAAGCAACUUAUACAUCACGUCAAGGUGGAUUAGUACCAUAUGUUCCUGGGAUUUAUAAUGAUGCUCAAACUAAAAGUUGGAAGAAAAUUAAUGAUGCGAUUCAUGCCAAUGGAAGUUUCAGUUCAGUUCAAUUGUGGUAUUUAGGUAGAGUUGCUAAUCCUAAAAAUUUGAAAGAUGCUGGAUUACCAUUUGUUGGAGCCUCAUCAGUUUAUUGGAAUGAAGAAAGUGAAAAAUUGGCCAAAGAAGCUGGAAAUGAAUUGAGGGAAUUGACAGAAGAAGAGAUCGAUCACAUUGUUGAAGUUGAAUAUCCGAAUGCUGCUAAACGUGCCAUUGAAGCAGGAUUUGAUUAUAUCGAAGUGCAUUCAGCUCAUGGUUACUUGUUAGAUCAAUUUUUAAAUCUUGCCUCUAAUAAAAGAACUGAUAAAUAUGGCUGUGGUAGUAUUGAAAAUCGUGCUCGUUUAUUAUUAAGAAUUAUUGAUAAAUUGAUUGAUAUAGUUGGUGCUGAAAGAUUAGCUGUUCGUUUAUCACCAUGGGCCACGUUCCAAAAUGUUGACGUCGAAGGAGAAGAAAUUCAUAGUUAUAUCAUUGAUCAAUUACAAGAAAGGGCAAAUUCUGGUAAUGAAUUAGCGUAUAUUUCUCUUGUUGAACCACGUGUUCAAGCAAGUUGGGAUAUUGCUAAAGAGAAUCAAGUUGGCUCAAAUGAAUUUAUUUUGAAACAUUGGAAGGGGAAAGUAAUUAGAGCAGGUACUUAUGCUCAUGAAUUAAAUAAAAUUAAUGAAGAUAUUAAUAAUGAUAGAACUUUAAUUGCCUUUUCAAGAUUUUUCAUUUCUAAUCCUGAUUUAGUGAAAAAAUUACAUGAUGGGAUUUCUUUGACUCCUUAUGAAAGAGCAACAUUUUAUAAUCAUGAUAAUUUUGGAUAUAAUACUUGGAUUAAAUAUGGAGAAAAUAAAGUUUUCAAUGAACAAGAAGAAAGGAAAAAAUUGGGUAAACCUUUAGCUUAG